AUGUCGUCCACCGUCAUCCCACUGUGCAAUGCCACAGAGGAGGAGACGCCUCUCGUGGAGUGCACCCUGAUGCUGUUCGGGGAAGAGUCACUGGCAGUGAAAAAGCCUUGCACACCACUCGUGGCUUCGCGGGACUGUGACACCGUCGUGGGAGGGACCGCAGACACACCGUUCGCCUGCUGGACGAGAGAAGACCACAUCGGAACGCUGGUGUUUUCCUCCACGGAGGGCUGUGUUGCUGGUGGUGACGGACGAACGAAGCUGUGUAACCCUCGCUGUGCUGCUGCGGACAACGUCGCCCCGGUAGGAUCUGGGGUUUCCACUCCACUCAAGGAGGACUGUGUUGCUGGUGGUGACGGACUAACGAAGCUGUGUAACCCUCGCUGUGCUGCUGCGGACAACGUCGCCCCGGUAGGAUCUGGGGUUUCCACUCCACUCAAGGAGGUUCACUCACCCUCGUCUCCAGUCAGUCAGCUGGGCUUGUUCCCUUGGACUACCCCCACGGCGUCCUCCCAGUUCUCCAGUGCUUCCUCAGCCCCAGUGUCUGGUCUCUGUCUCCUUGGUUCCCCGUGCCUGCGUUUCCCUGGCAUCCACCUCACCCUCAACUCCAGUCCCUCAACCCCUUUGUCCCCCAAUAAAACCUGCCUAUCUGAGCGCUGCAUUUGGGUCCUCUCUGUCCCCACACCACACCACCGUAACACACACAUUACUUCAAGUCAUGCAAAACAACUUUUCCAUUUGUAACCUUUUAAUAUUGAUGUUCCUAUGAAUGC